AUGUAUUUGGAAGGGGCUUACAACCGUGUCUUGAGUGCUCGGCAGACCGUGCCACAUGAAACAUAUGCUUAUUUCAUGGAUCUUUUGGCAAAGACAAUCAGAGAUGAGAUAGCAGGAUGCAGUGAAAAGGCAUAUGACUAUCUUUCAAUUAAUGAUGCUAAGCAAAUAUUGCUGUUCUCCAAAGAUCAGGAGCUCUUGGAGUAUCUUAAAGAGGAGCACUCUGAGUGGGAAAUUAAGAACGGUUCCGUCUUCUUUCAAAAGGCAAAAGACACUGCACCUUGCAAGGAAAUACCAUCUCUGCAACUCAUCAACCAAACACUUAGUUAUGCUAGGGAGUUAGAGAGGAUUGUCUGA